AGAGGGGUGAGGAGGGGGGGGGGGGGGGACGACGACGACGAGAUGAUGCACGACUCCGGCGGCGUCGGGACGGCGAGGGCGCUGAAGCAUGCCGCGCUGUGCCUGAUGCUGCUGCCCCGGUUCCUCGUGGCCGCCGUGAUGCUGUGGCUUCUGGAUUUCUCGUGCAUCAGGAAAAAAAUGCUGCUGAAAAUGGGAGAGCAGCAGAGCGGCCCGGACGACCCGCCGGUGUGCGUCUCCGACUCCAAUAGGAUGUUCACCUUGGAGUCCCUCAGGGCCGUGUGGUACGGCCAGAAACUGGACUGCCUCAAAGCCGCGCACCUCGGGCGCGCGGCGCCCAACACCCAGGUGACGCUGGUCCAGGAGCGGCGGCAGGUCCAGAUCCUGGACUGCGUGAAGGGGAAGAGACCGCUCGUCCUCAACUUCGGCAGCUGCUCCUGACCGCCCUUCAUGACGCGCCUCGCGGCUUUUCAGCGCGUCGUGAGCCAGUACGCGGACAUCGCGGACUUUUUAGUUGUGUACAUCGAGGAGGCGCACCCGUCGGACGGCUGGGUGAGCUCGGACGCGCCGUAUCAGAUCCCCAAGCACCGCUGCCUGGAGGACAGGCUCCGAGCCGCGCGGCUGAUGCUCGCCGAGGUGCCCGGCAGCAACGUGGUGGUGGAUAACAUGGACAACUCGUCCAACGCCGCGUACGGAGCCUACUUCGAGAGGCUGUACAUCGUCAGGGACGACAGGGUCGUGUACCAGGGGGCCCGAGGGCCCGAGGGAUACCGGAUUUCCGAGCUCCGGACCUGGCUGGAGAAGUACAGGGGCGAGCUGGCGCGUUCCCAAACGGCGGUGCUCCACGUUUAGAUGGGGGAUGCUGAGCGGCGCGCCCGCGUCCGAACUCACGGGGCGAAACAAAUAUUCCGAUGCUGCUAUCAAAUGUGCGCACAUGGUGCAUGAUGUCGUUUCGCUUGCGUUAAAAGAUAUUCAGGACUCUGACGAAUAGCCGAACGUGGUGUUCCAGCGUAAAUGUAGGCAGGUAUGUUGUGCUUGUCUUGACCUUUGACCGUUUUGUUUUUUUUAUCGAAAAAGUCUCGAAUCAGGUGAGAAUGGAUUCAGUGAUCACUCUAUUUUUCUACAAUACUAGUGUGUGUGUGUGUGUGUGUGUGUGUGUGUGUGUGUGUGUGUGCGUGUGUGUGUGUGUGUGUGUGCGUGCGUGCGUCUAUGCGCGCGCGUUCAGGCCCCACUCCGUUGUUUCUGUGAAGUUCGGUUUUUAAAAGGCGAAGCCAGAAAACCGACACUGAUGUUUCCGACACCGGAAGUGGGUCCACGUGCGCAGGAUGCCUUCCUCCAUGAUCGACUGCCAAACGAUGUAACGUGUUGAAGCGAUGUAACUGAACAAAUGUUUUUAAUAAACAUAAGAUCACACUGAAGGUGGUGCUUUUUACUUUUCA